AUGAAGGGGUUAUUGCUGAUAGAGCCACUGGUAGCCUUCUAUGCUUUCGCCAAUUUCCUGGUCUAUCCUCUGGUACCGCAGUAUGUCUACAGGAGGCUAUGGCAGGAUAUAACCAACACCACCUACCCUGUCUCUAACAACACAUCACGCUGCGAUCCCUCCAACACCAGCAGCCACAAUGAGGAGGUCCAGAAGGCGGCAUCUCUCUUCUCCCUCUACACCGAGCUCAUCUCCAUGAUCCCCUCUCUGGCCGUCACCUUCAUCCUCGUUGCCUACAGUGACCAGCGCGGACGCAAGAUCACCAUCAUCCUGCCUCUGAUUGGUUCUCUGUUCUACACGCUGUCCUUCCUGGCAGUCUCCUUCUUCGAGCUUAACCUCUACCUCCUCAUCGUCUCGUCGUUCGUCAGUGCCCUGUUUGGGGGCUCGGGGACGUUCCUGGGUGGCUGUUUCUCCUACAUCGCUGACCUGUGUGAGGACGGACAGCAGAAGACCCUGCGUAUGGCCGGGAUAGACAUGGUGAUCGGCCUGCUGUCUGGAGUGGCCUCUCUCUCUACGGGAUACUUCCUCCGAGCAGCAGGCUUCAACUGGCCCUUCUUCACCUCUGCUCUGUUCCUGUGUUUCAACCUGCUCUACGCUGUCUUCAUCCUGGAGGAGACGCUCCAACGACCUCCGGAUGACCCCCUGGACGGCUCCCUGCGUCGCACCGCCAUGCAUCAGCUGGCUUACGGGGCCUACCAACUGUUUGCAGGGGCCAGCAGGAGGCGUAACGUCCUUCUGAUGCUUCUACUGCUCCUCUUCGGCUCCUUCUCCUUCGCCAACAUGGGCGGGCACUCCAUGAUCACACUGUACGAGCUCAACCAGCUGCUGUGCUGGAGCGAGAUCCUAAUUGGCUACGGCUCUGCGCUGUCCAUGACGAUGUUCCUGACCAGCUUUGUGGGUGUGACGGUGUUCUCUCACUGCGGCGUGCCCAACAUCGUCAUCAUUCUCAUAGGGAUACUGAGUGUCAUGGCGGGUAUGACCCUGGUGGCCUUCUCCAAGACCACGGUCAUGAUGUUCCUGGUCAGGCUUCCAAUGCUUCUGGCCAUCAUGCCAUUCCCCGUGCUGAGAUCCAUGAUGUCGAAGAUCGUGUCAAAGACCGAGCAGGGAGCGUUGUUUGCGUGCUUGGCUUGCCUGGACAGUGUGAACAACAGUGUGGCGAUAGCUGUGUUCAGUAGUCUCUACGCUGCCACGGUAACCUGGUACCCUGGAUUCUGCUUCCUGUUGUCUGCUGGACUCUGUGUCAUCCCCUUGGUCCUGCUAGUGAUUGUGGGGCUGCUGGGGGUGGAUGAAAGUAAGGAGGCAGAGGUCCUCAUCCCAGAAGAAGAAGGCCUGGCCGGAGACGAUGACCCUCUCCUCACCUGAGGCUGGCGAGGCAAGACUAGAAACCUUGGCCUGGUGCUCUUUGAUUUGUUCUCUUCCUCUUCUCUUUUCUCUCUCUCACUCUGUGGGGGUCUGUUCUGGCGCCUACUGUAAAUCUAUACUUAAUCUGUGUUUUGGAAAAUUUGCCCAUGGUGGCAUAUGGUUGGACAAGCAGAGCUGGACUCUUAAACCAAUCAGCAGUCUAGGAAUCUAAGAGAUCGAUUACCUCAGUUUGAAUUGUUCUGAUAUAAAGUCAGAUUUUAAUUUCAGGGUAAAUAAUGAACGGAUGUUUCUAGAGGGCUUCAGUAACAUAAUAUCAGAGCUCCUUCAAUCUGGUCACAUAUAUAUUAUUCAUACACACGUUAUAUUUCUGCCAUACGUAAUAAUAACCUAUGUCUAUGAUAAAUGCAGUCAUUCCAAAGCAUCUUUUUAUGUACACGGUGCCAGGUAGCGGUUGGAACAGCAACCAAAAGGUCCUUGGUUCAAAUCAUCGAGCCGACAAGGUGGAAAAAUCUGUCGAAUGUGCCCUUGAGGUGCUCUGAAUAAGAGAGUCUGCUAAGUGAACUUUUGUUUGUUGGGUGUCGGAAUCACAGGUGUGUCGGAAUCACAGGUGUGUCGGAAUCACAGGUGUGUCGGAAUCACAGGUGUGUCGGAAUCACAGGUGUGUCGGAAUCACAGGUGUGUCGGAAUCACAGGUGUGUCGGAAUCACAGGUGUGUCGGAAUCACAGGUCCGUCGGAAUCACAGGUGUGUCGGAAUCACAGGUGUGUCGGAAUCACAGGUGUGGCUUUUGGUUUGAUUUCCCGUAGCCUCUUUUCCCAGCAUCAAUUUCUCUGUAAAGUAAAGGCCGCGUUUUAAACACACAGCCCAAUUCUUCUGAUCUCUCACGGUGGAAUAAUUAGUCGCUGUUAUGACGUUGUACAUGAUUCAAUUAUUCACUUUGUUGCAAAAAAAAAGGGAAAUAACCAAAUUGAUUUUCCAAAAUGUUUUAAUAAGUAGCUAGAUGACUAGAAGUCUCUGAAGUGAAAUGAAUAUUGGCUAUAUGUCAAACAGAGCGACCGUAAUAGCAGACAGCGGUAAUCUACCUAAUUCACAGGUAGGUUCUGACUGUAUACCAUGUUCUACUUACCUGUUUUUAUUACUGAUCUGUUUGUGUUUGUUCGUUUACAUGACAAGGCUCAAACUGUCAACUGACCCUAGACCAGUUUGGGCUCUUGCUGUCGUUGUCAUGAUGUCAGAAACAGAUCUAGGAUCAGGAUAAAAAACUUUGUUGGUUGAUAUUUCAACUACACUGUUACAGUAGGUUACCUCCACUUAAUGACUGAUUAACAGCAACAAUCAAUAACUCAGAACUGAUCAUGUAAAAACCAGCAGAGGCAAAUGGAUGUGAAGGACAGUAUUGGAAAAUACAACUUUAGGGAGAAAUGUUUUAAAAAGUGGUAUUUUGAAACCAUUGGAUGUGUGCUGUUAUUUUUACAAUGAUUUAUGACUGCCACAAAUGUUUGUGUAAUUGUGUAAAAUAAAAUUUAAAAAAUGUAUUG